AUGUAAAAGUUAUAAAAAUUUGAUUUCUUUUCAUAAUAGUUUGCUUUUCUUGUAGGAGAAUAAAAGAAAAAGAAAACUACUGAGGGAGGCUUGUACACAAUUGUCGCAUUUAGCUUGUCUCUUGGCUAUCUCAUUUAUCUGAUCGUUUUCUAUUUUGAUAACAAGUUUUUGCCUAAAAUUACAUCCAAGUUAAAAAAUCAAACUAAUUAUUAAGAUAUUUAGCUAAACUAAAGUGUUUUCGGAUUUACUUAUAGUAGCGAUGGGUAAACUUUGUAGUAAUUGUAGCAAUCAACAGGCAAGUAAUUUCUCAUUUUUAAAGCUUAGUAUUCUUAUUUAAGUACAUAAUCUUAUACUACUUUUGAUCUUCCUAUCGCAGAUUGCACUGAUUAACACUUCCAAGGUUACUUAUGCCUUGACUAUAGUAACAUGCCUGAUAAUCAAAAAGCUUUAUUUAUUGAUCCGUCAACAUAAACUAUAUCACUUUAUUAGUUAACAGUUUAACCUUGUACAGGAUUACCUACAUGCGCAAGCCCUGAUGAAAUCUAAAGCUAUAUAAUAGACAAUGGUUUCUAAUUUUUUUUGAAAAUAAGAAUUGUUUAGUACAACCAGUAAUCUUUAUAAUAUGAAGAAGGAUACUAAAUAGAAUUAAUCUAAUUUGAUGAUAAUUUAGUUUUACAAAAUUAAUACUAACUAACCUAAUCAAUAACAACUCUAAAUCAAGGUUUACUUUUUUAAACUACAUCUGUUUCUAAGUUUAUCUCUGGCUAUUAAAAAUCUUCAUCAUAUUAUUCUCCUAAUAAUUUACUUAAAAAGGCAGGAUUUACUGGAUUUGCUUAAUUUUAGUUCUUCUUAUAGCAAAACUAAGAAAUAGAUUUCAUACAAUAUCCUCUUAUUACAGAAAUUUUAGCUCAGUUCAUGCCUGUAGUAAAUAUAUUAUUUACGAUAGGAAUUUUGACUAGAUUGUUUUCAGAAUCAAAAAUUGUCGAAAAUUUAAAUACAUUAUAUUUGAAAGAAUACUACAGGAAUACUGCCCUUAAAUUUUUAUCAUAUGGAAAAAAAGAGGAUCAAUUAAGAUUUUAUAAUAGCGAUAAUCAAAAUCAAAUAAGCGAAAAGCGUGAUCAAAACAUACUUUUUAGUGGUAAUUAAAACAAUGAAAUAAAAUAAAUUACCAGAAACCCUUUAACAGCUGAAUAAAUUAUAGGUUUAUAAAAAUAUAUCAAUGAAAACAAAUUUGAAAAUAAAGAAAAGUCUAAGUUUUAAUCAAAUUUUUUCCAAUUCUAUAAGUAAUAUUUCUUUGGAAAUAUAAUAAAAGAAACUUCUCAAAGUGAUUAACUAUAUCAAAAGAUGUGUAACUUCACUAAAAAAUCAAUUGAUAUUUUCUUAUUAUAUAAGAAUAUGAUGAAGGUAAAUAUGGCAAUUAAAAUGCUUAUGACUAAAGAAUAGUAUGCCGCUUUGUAAUUCUGUGGAUGUGAAAUGGACUUAGACAAAAUAAAUUUUGAAAAAAACUCAAAUUCCACAAUUAAGAAUAACUAAAAUCUAAAAAAUAAAAACUAAGAACUUUAAGAAAAACAAUAUAAUAUAAAAAAUUAAAAUAGUUAAGCUGCUGUUAAAACUGCUUAAGUAUAAGACAUAGAAGAAGGCUAAUAUAAUUAAAAGAUUAAGUAGAUUUAAGAAGCGAGUUUAAGUUAAGUUGCUCUAUUUGAAAAAGACCUAACUUAAAAAAGUGAAAUGAAUAAAAUAUAUAUUAAAUAAAAAUAAAAGAAUAAUGAGUAUUAACUUUCUUUAAAAAAUAAUGAUAAUUAAUCAAUCAAUAGUGAUUUGGCAACAUUAACCACUUUUAAUCAAACAAAUAACCAUCUCUAGCAAUAAGAAGAGAUUCUUACUAAUGAAAAUAUGCUACAUCUCUAUCUAAAGAAGUUUAUAGAUAAAAUAAAUAAAAAUUAAGAAUUAACUCAAGUAGAUUUAAAUAUCUACUCAUCACUGAUAGGAUUUGAGCCAAAAAUAAGCUGA